UCCACUCCAACCUCUCUGAGACGCACACAAGCGCGCGCUGACAGACUGCUCUGAUACCAUGCGUACUACCUGUCCGGAACCAUUUUACCACCGCGUGCUGGAUUUUACUCAUGCAUCUGGCUGAUAAGGACACACACUGCUGGCUGAAAGGAUAUUUCCACCUACUGAGACUGGACUUUUUCUCUUGUGCUGAGCGAAGAAAGCUGAGCGUCUGAGGAUUCUGAGGAGCGGCUGUGCCAUGAGAGGUGACUUCUGAGCUUGAGCCCAGCAACCUUUUGUAUUUCUGUCCUGUGAGCUGGAGCCACUGUUCAUCAUGAGGAGAAACUCUCACAUCCUGCCUCUUGGAGUGCUCACGGCUCUGCUGCUGUCUCAGGUCUGCUCCGGCAUCAAAUGGCUAGCACUUUCACACACUCCUGCCUCCUUACACAUCAACCAGACCCAGCACUGUAAGCUGCUUCCUGGCAUGGUGUCCUCCCAAGCUCAGCUGUGCCGCAGUAACCUGGAGCUCAUGCAAACCAUUAUCCAAGCUGCCCGCGAAGUCAAGAAAACAUGCCAGAAGACCUUCGCCGAUAUGCGCUGGAACUGCUCCUCCAUCGAGAUCCCUUCUGAUGGCCAGAAGUAUCGGCCAGACCUGGACAGAGGAACACGGGAGGCUGCGUUUGUGUAUGCCCUGUCUGCAGCAACCAUCAGUCACACCAUAGCACGAGCGUGCACUUCUGGGGAUUUGCGGCUGUGCUCAUGCGGUCCGAUUCCUGCUCAAAUCCCAGAGCCCGGCUAUCGUUGGGGGGGCUGUGCUGACAACCUGCAUUAUGGCUUGAUGAUGGGCUCCAAGUUCUCUGAUGCUCCCAUGAAGAUGAAGCGCUCAGGAUCGCAUGCCAACAAGCUGAUGCAUCUACACAACAGUGAAGUCGGGAGACAGGUACUGAGAGAGGCACUGGUGAUGAAGUGUAAAUGCCAUGGUGUCUCUGGAUCCUGCUCCAUAAGGACCUGCUGGAGAGGACUCCAAGACCUCAGGGAGAUUGCCAUGGACCUUAAGACCAAGUACCUGUCUGCCACUAAGGUGGUUCAUCGGCCCAUGGGGACACGCAAGCAGCUGGUGCCUAAGGACAUUGACAUCAGGCCAGUGAGGGAGAAUGAACUGGUCUACCUACAGAGCUCCCCGGACUUCUGCAUCAAGAAUGAAAAACAGGGCUCUGUUGGCACACAGGACAGGCAGUGCAACAAAACGUCCGUCGGCAGUGACAGCUGUGACCUGAUGUGCUGCGGCCGUGGCUACAACCCCUACACGGAGAAGCUGAUGGAGCGCUGCCACUGCAAGUAUCACUGGUGCUGCUACGUAACCUGCAAGAAGUGCGAGAGGAUCGUGGAGAGAUACGUCUGCAAAUGAGUCUGUGCUUUGCAGGCCCCACCAGCAGCCCUCUACUUUCCAGCCAGCCACCCAUGGCUACAGAUUAACCCAAGCACAGCAGUACAAAGACGGCUUACUUUCGUCUUAAGCUUUAGCAUGCGCAUCUCGGCAAGAAGUGAUCUUUUCCAUUAUCAUUUUUGUAUCAAAUCUCCAACUUUCCAAUCGGGCUUCGAGGUGUUUUUUCCUGCACAAACCUGGACAUGGAAAAGCGUGACGACAGUGCAAGUUGGUUCAUGUGAAGACCACCAUCCUCCUGAGUACUUUCUUUUUCAUGUUAAUAAUUAUAACCUCCACUUUGCUCCCCUGAGAGGGAAACUGAAAGCCUGUUUUAUCAUAUCUCUAAUAAAAAGAAAUAAUAUUGGGUUUUAUGCUGGAGGAUUCUUCAGACUUAUGUUUGGCUCCAUUCCACGGAGAGAGUUCUCAUGGAUCCACUUUUUUAUUUUUUAGGUACUAUUAAAACAUUUUUCCUCUUCAGAAAUGGACAACUGAGGAAAAAGGAAGACAAAGGGAAUCUCAAGUACUUUUCAAUCAUGGAACAUUUUUGUGGUUGAUGUUUUGGACUCUGAAAAUGUGCCCUGUGUGGAUCAUGACGUGCCUGCCUCCCUGUGGAAAGAGAGAAGAAAUUUAAGAACUUUGUGAAAUGCUGCAUUAUCUCUUUUUUGUCUGACAUGCAGCAGUUCAAAAUAUAUUAUAUUUUUCAGAGCAUAUGAGCUGAACUCAUGGAUUUUGUAAACCACUUUUGUGUGGAUGUAUAUACUGUUAUUUUGUAUACUGAAAUAAAGA